AUGAGCACUGAAUACGCGAGGGAGGAUCCCAAGGGGUACCGAGAGACCGGCCGAGGGCGGGACAUGAGCCAGAGGAUAGAGGUAGGAAGACUCAAGGAGUUUUCCAAUGGGGCGCCCAACGAGCUCGAUGGCGAAGGGAUCCCCGAGUGGGUCUUCGCCAUGGUCUGGUGGCCCGUGUCCUUCAUGGGGUACAUGCUGCGCCUCAUUGGAAGGUUCUCGAAGCUCGCCUUUCUCUUCUCCGUCUCUGCCGCCACCUACUACUGGCUGUACGGAGCGAUAGUCCCCCCCUCCCUCUCUGAAUCCCACCCCAUCAACUUCCUGUACCCUCUCGACUCCAAACAGCGCAAGGGAGGUGUUCCCACCAACGCUACGGUCGACUUCGCCUUCUACCGCCAGCUCAUGGUGCGCUCAGGAACUCGAGGCAUGGACUGGUCCUCCAGCAUGUCUCCGGGCUCUAGCCUCGACAUCGGCAUCACGCUGGUGCUCCCAGAGUCUCCUGCCAACGUCGGAGUCGGGCCCUUCAUGGUGAAGGUGGUAGUGUUCGACAAGCAGGGCAACGUCGUUGGGGAGGGUUCGCGGUCGAUGAUCCUGAGGCAUAAGAGCUCCCUGCUGCAGACCAUGUCCACCGUCUUCUACUCCAUCCCCCUCGUCCUGGGGUUCACGUCAGAGCACCAGGCUAUCCGGGGAACGGUGGUUCAGCUCAUCUCGUUCCCCAAGGGAGGGCUGCAGCGGGCGACGGUCAGCAUCUCCGACUCGAGGCUGCAAGUCUACAGCGCCUCCAUCGACAUCUCCUUUGUGCUGACAGGGUUCCGAUACUACCUCUACCACUGGUUCGUCACCUCCAUGGUAAUAGGGACCAUUGUCAUCAGCAACCUGUACGUCAGCCUCAUCAGCUGGAUGUCAAGGAAGCUCUUCGGGGCGAGCUGGAGUGUGGAGGAAGACUUCUCCAUGUCUCGCUAUCCUCCGCAGUACCAAGGUGAUCCCUCAGCAAACGCAAGGCGCAGGAGACAGCGGCGGUCGAACAUGAGCAAGCCCAGGAGCAGGAGUGAGGACCUGAAAGGGGAGGCCUUGCCCGGCGGCGCAGAUUCUCCAGAUGGGCCGUUCAAUUCCAGGAGUGACGAGAGCUCGGACGAGAAGGAGGAGAGCGAGAGGUUUGCGAACGUGUCGGAUGAGACCGACGACAACGAUCUGAACAACCUCCGACAGUGGGAAAGGGCUGCCAUCAACAACCUGCCGAAGGCUGAAGACGAGAUGGAGGAAGUGAAUGACAUACAAGUCGGUGCGAUGGAAAACUUCCAGACGCUGGAGUCCUCUACCUCCGAGAACACCGUUGCUCCUUCAGCCUUGCGCAAUGCUGCACUGCAGGGGGUCCGAAGGAGGAAUCAAAGUGUCCCUGGUCCAGCGUCUGCCCGUGACUAACAGUGGAAACACCCCCUCAUGUACAUUCAUCCCAGGAUUGAGAAUAAAACUCCCUUCACAGCUC